CUGCCAAUUUUUGCAGGAGACGUAUGCGCCCAGCCGCCGGCAACUGGCAUUGGUAGGGCUCACUUGCUACGAUGGUAUUUCGAUCCAGUACGCGACCAGUGCCGUAAUUUUGAUUAUACAGGCCGAGGAGGCAACGAAAAUAAUUUUCUUUCGAAAACAGAAUGUGAAAUGUACCUAAUCUCAGUAUGCCAGUUUCAGUAUCUGAUAUUUUCCGGAACUUUUCGUGAUAUUUUAUUAACAAACAAGAUGAAAAAAGUCAUGAAACUGGCAUACUGAGA